AUGUCUCGCUUCCUCCACGUCCUAUGCAGCCUGCCCCUCAGGUUCCUCGGCGAGUUCAUGUCCUUGCCCGAGGCGCGCCAGCGCGGCUUCCUCCAGACAAGCUACUGGGCCCUCGCCCGCGUCAAGGCCUCGCACACGCCCCUCUUCUUCUCGGGCGAGAUGAGCGCCUGGUCCAGCGAGCCCGCGGACGACAGGGGCGUCACGCCCGCGGUCUGGGAGCGCAUCCGCGCCAAGGUGGCGUACAAGAGCGCCGACGUCAACGGCGUCUUGGACACGAGCCCGGAGAGCCGGGCGGCGGUGUGGAGGUCGGGCCGCGAGUUCGAGAGGCAGCUGUGGACGGGGCCGAUGGCGGAGCGAGAGCGGUGGGAGGGCUACGGACACGCCGGGCGGUUGGAUCCGAACGAGUGCUACUGUCAGCUGGGGAGCAACUGCGCUCUGUGUCUCCCGCUACCGGUCUCCGAAGUUCCCGAGUGGGAGCUCUUGACAAAAGAGGAGCCGAAGGAGGAGAUUGAGGAGAUCAAGUACUUCAAAUCGCCGUGGCUGGAAAGCAGGCAUCCUGAGCUGGCCCGUUCCAUCAAGGAGUACAAACGGACCCACAAGGCCGUUUUGUAUCGAAACUAA